UUUUUAGAGUGAACGGAUCGCGCGCGUCGUUUGCAGGCGAGCAAAAAAAAAACAGCAGUACAACAACAACGGCGGCAGUGCGAUUAAUCAAAACGCCGCCAAAACACACACAACGAAAAAAAAUUAUUGUUAAUAUCUGAAAGAAAUUAAGUGCCCCCACCCCUUUUCCCAUCUCAGUGUGUGUGUGGAUGCGUGCGGGCCAGCAUCGGCAUAAUUGUGUGUGUGUGCGCGCGUGAUUGCAUUUGUGUGCGAAAAAGCAUUAAUUACACCAAUACAACGGCAGAUGCAGCAAUAACAACAGCGAGAGAAAGAAGAGUUAACGCAAAUCCAAAUACAAUAAAAUACAAACAAAAAAACAGGCAGAAAGCAAAUGGAAAUAGAGCAACAACAUAAAAGGCCAAUAAAUGAUAAAAAUUAAAUUUUUUUAUUGUUUCCUAAUCAAUUUUGUGAAGCUUUUUCUGCCGAAUGAAAUUCGCAGGGAGUUUGCAGCAAAAAUUAUUCCCAAAAUCCCGAGUGCAUAAAAACACAGGAAAAUAACAAAAUACAUCGAUUAAGAAAAAUUAUUUAAAAUCAAAAAUUUUGGACUCGGAUCUGUUUUUUUCGGGUCGGCUCGCAGAAGAAGCAGAACUCAACGGGCGCGUCAUUACCUUUUUGAAGGUUUUCGAAAAAGCACUAACACCGAAAGCUAUUACCACAAAAUACAACCAGUAAAAUGCGCAAGUUUCGAAUACAGUCCAAAUCGGGUUCACAAAACAAAUAAAAUCGCCAUCGAACAAGGAUCCGAUGAUCAGCAAAGGAAAUAAGCUUCAAUGGUCUCUCAACGCAAAUGUGCUAAAAAUGUGCAAGUGAAGCAAAAAUCUUACCAAAGUAUUUGAAAGUAAGAAAUCCAUAAAAGCCCAAAUUAAACAAGCCCAAAAUCGUAUCAAUCCCCAUACUGGAAUAUAUAAAAAGAGUGCAUAAUGUUUAAUGGGAAGGAGGGCUCCCAUUUAAAAUGAUGCCCCUCAAUUCGCGGCAUACGACGCAAUGCUCCUCCUAAAUAGAAGAAGAUUUUGCUGUGAGUGUUCCGUUGUCGAAACAUGGUACGCGACAGUAGCCGUAACAUUUGUUUUGGAAAAUUAGCCGAAACUACGACGCCGCACCACCAACAACAACAACCACAGCACCAGCAACAACAAUUCGUUGUGGAUAGCAGCAGCACCAUUAAUAAUAACAAUAAUACUAACAUCAACAAUAACAAUAAUCAGAAAUUGAAAAGGUCUACAGAGGAACCACCGACAAACAGCUACGAAAGGAACUACUACGAUCGCCCCAAUAGCCGCUUAGUCAGUCAAUAUCAGGCGAGCAACUCAUCUUCCUUGGUCAAUUCCAACUCCAACUCCAGUCCAUCGUCCGUGAGCCCCUCUGCUUCAGUUUCCGUGUCCGUAUCCGCAUCGGCGGCAGGAGGAUCCUCCGAGAGGUCGCGCAACCGAGAUCGCCUGUACAGGAAUGGUUCUGCCAGUGGUCACAGCGGUGGCAUUAACAGCAGCGACAACAGCAGCAACAUCCACAGCCACAGCAGCAACACGACGACGACGACAGCAGCCUGUGCAGCUGGAGCUGGAGGACCUGGAUCGGCGGGAGCUGGGGCUGGAGGAUUGGUAGGAGAUGGCGCACCGCAAGCGCUAGGCGACCGGAGCAGCAGCCACAAUAUCCACCAGAACCAGCAGAGCGUGCGGGUGGCACCACCUCAGUCAUGGUACGAAGCCGCCGCUUCUGCAACGACGGCAAAAUUAAAAAGUCCUGGUGGCAGUGGCAAUGCCGGCGUCUUAGCAGCCGGUGGCUUCGCAAUGAGCAGCUCACCGAUCAACCAUCAUCAGCACCAGCAUCCGCAUCUUCAGAAUCCUCAACACCCGCACUACAGCAGCAGCCCAGCGGGGGCAGCCGGAGGAUCCUGCCCCUCUCCCGCUCAAGGACAGAUACAGAUCCAAUCGCAAUCGCAGACCACGGCCGUGCAUCGGAGCGUGGCUUAUGCGGGGAGUGCUGCGGAUGACUCGUUGACCACCGCAACCUCGCGGAAGAUGCUCCUGCACAGCAACAAACUCAAUAAGCUACUGAAGGGGGCAGGAGCAGCGGGCAGCGGAGAAGCACGCUCUGGUUCAGAAUCGCCAGGAGGGGCUGGAGGAGCAACUCCAUUGACGACGACAAGUACAAUCACAAACAAUAGUUUUAGUAGUAAUAGUUUAAAUAAUACAAUAGCCACGGCAACUCCAAUAAUGCCCACGAUAGCAUCUGGAGCAACUGGAGCUGCAAGAUCGGCAGGAUUAGGAUCUGGAGCAGCGGCGGGAGCAGGUUCCAAUUCCGGCUCCAGCUCAGCCACCAGCGGUGACAUUUUAAAUGUGGCCGCUGCUCUGGCCGCCGCCGUGGACAAUGGGAUAUCAACGCAUACGAUCCGAACGCGGCACCACCUGCACGGACGCAGCACCACCUCCUCCAGUCGCUCGCACUCGCGCUCGCCGAGCAGCUACAGCAGUUCGCACAGCUCCUCUUCCUCAUCGCACUCCUCCUCCCACUCGCACGCGUCCAGUCCCGUACAAUCCACGGGCAAUUGUGCGAUGGCGGAGGGGCGCAGCGGGCGUAGCCUCCAGUCCGUCGCCGUAACCAGCAACUCUUCAAAUCCCAGUGGCAAUGCUGUCACCACCAGCAGUGUAGGCGGCGGCGGAGGCUGUGGCUCCAGUUCAUCUUCGAGCAGUAGCUCUAGUUCCAGCGGAUCUUCCUCCUGUCUGACGGCCAAUCCCGUGGUGCAUUCCGAAGACAACCGACCGCUGGCGAUACGUGUCCGCAACCUUCCCGCCCGUUCAUCGGACACAUCCCUUAAGGAUGGUCUCUUCCAUGAGUACAAAAAGCACGGAAAGGUCACGUGGGUUAAGGUGGUGGGCCAGAACUCGGAGCGCUAUGCUUUAGUUUGCUUUAAGAAGCCGGAUGACGUCGAAAAAGCGCUGGAGGUGUCCCAUGAUAAACAUUUCUUCGGUUGCAAGAUUGAGGUGGAACCGUACCAGGGCUACGAUGUCGAGGACAACGAGUUCCGACCCUAUGAAGCCGAGCUGGAUGAGUACCAUCCAAAGUCUACAAGGACACUCUUCAUCGGGAACCUGGAAAAGGACAUCACCGCCGGCGAGCUGCGAGGGCACUUUGAGGGCUUCGGUGAGAUCAUCGAGAUUGACAUCAAGAAGCAGGGGCUGAAUGCCUACGCGUUCUGUCAGUACUCGGACAUUGUUUCCGUGGUAAAGGCAAUGCGGAAAAUGGAUGGAGAGCACUUGGGCAGCAACCGGAUCAAGCUUGGGUUCGGCAAAUCCAUGCCCACGAACUGCGUCUGGAUCGAUGGUGUGGGCGAGAAGGUGUCAGACCCCUUUCUUCAGUCACAGUUCACACGAUUUGGAACUGUGACCAAAGUCAGCAUCGAUCGAAAUAGGCAGUUGGCCUUGGUUUUAUACGACCAGGUCCAGAAUGCCCAGGCCGCAGUGAAAGACAUGCGUGGAACGAUCAUGCGGGGCAGGAAGUUGCAGGUGGACUUUGCGUCGAGGGAGUGUCAAGACGCCUUUUAUGACAAACAAGAGAAGCAGCAGCAACAACAGAGUGCCAGUUCGAACUCCCGCUUUAGCCGCUAUGAGUCGUCAUCGUCCUCGUCACAAUCCCGAUCUCGCGCAUCAUCCUUUAGUCGGCAUCAGAAUAACUCAAACGACGGCUGCUCGCCCAGCAAUACGCCGGGGGGGUCUAAUAGUGGAACUGUCAUUGGGGGCAUCACAAGCAACCAAAGCACUUCCGGCAUCAGCGGGAGCACUAGUUCGGGAAGCGUUACCACUGCGUGCAGUGCGAUGCCAGCUCCCAGUUUGGCGUCCGCCAUAGUAAGCAGCAGUGGCAACUCCUUGGGAGCGGCAUCUACGACCGCAUCCAUGCCCUCGGUGGUAGGCUCCUCCUCUAAUUUGAUGCCCAUUUCGUCGGCUGCUCUGGCGCAAAGGUAUCGAAUGGCUCGAAGUGCGCGACAAACCGUCGACUCUGAUUUUAACGAUGCGGGUCGCCGGUUUCGCAACUUAGAGGAGGGUUCUGGAGGUGCCGGAAAUCCCAUACAGGAUGAAGAAGUCCGCUCCGACUCUCCGAUAAUAACUCGAUUAGGUCCGGGUGUAAAUUGUUUGACUGGACCUGCAGGAGCCGGUGGAGAAUCCAUCGACGGAAUGUUAGGCAACACCCAAAUUGGUGGAGGAGCAGCGGCGUGUGGAGUAGCAUCAUUCACAGGACCUGGCACCAAUAACCUUAGCAGGAGACGUUGCGGUAAGACACCCAAAGAUUUGCACUCCGUGCACAAUCAACGUUUCCAUUUGGCAGAGCAACUUGAGGAAUGCCCGUCCAGUGGUGAUGAGGGCGUGGUCAGUCCGCGUAAGCGCAUCAAAAUGGAUUACCACUAUCACCACCAUCAUUCCAAUGUUAGCGGGCUGGAGUCCACUGGCGAGCACAGCAGCAUCAACAAACCCAACACCCUCUCCUCGUCGAACUGUGAUGUGAUACACGAUCCCCUUAACCGCAAGAGCGAAAUUCGACGGGUUUCCGAGACUCCGAGUGGUUCGCCCGGCAUGAAAUUCCCCGGCCAUCUGCAGUCGGCACCGCCAUCCAUGAUGUUAAGCUGCCGUCGCCCGUCAAUAGAUGUGGGAGCUCUGUCGGCGCUAUCUAGUUCCUCGGCUUUCCGACACGGACUCGUGGGAGCCAGUAGCAUGGAUCAGCAGCACAUAAUAAACGCCUCGUUGGCGGCGAAGAGAAGACGAGUGACCAAUACCAUGCAGCAGUCCAGCUUAUCCUCAACCAGCAAUAAUUCUGGGGGAUCUGGUCUAGGCGGGAUUAGUAGUCUCACGCCGGUGGAUGACUACCAUCAUCAUGUUUCCAGAGGCAGGGGUCAUCAGCUACAUUCCCAUCAUUCACACGAGGCCAGCGGAGGAGAAAGUGCGGAUGGAUCUCGCCCUGGAACGCCAUUGUGUGAUGAGCGACCUGAAGUGCUGCCCACAGAGCCACGACGCCUGCCUCCACCCAGAGAAAGAGCGAGGGAAAGGGCCCGGGAGGUCAUGUGGCUACCCCUGCCAAAGUUUGGAGUGCUCUUUUUCCAGCAGCAGCAGUCCAGAGGGAGUGCUUGCGGAGCAGGAAGUAGCUACUUGCAGCAGCAACUGGGUGGAGGAUCGUCCGGAGGGCUGGGAAGCUUAGGAGCAUCUUCAUCUUCAACAUGCUCCCUCAACAACUCUAGUCUAAACGCCAGUCAGGGAAUGGGACCCAGUUCUGCAUCCGCAUUCCUGCCCAGUCCCUCUUCGCGAUACUGGCGUUCGUCCUCGCACCACCAACACCACCAGCACAAUCUCCAGCAGCAGUCGCAGCAAUUGCACGGGACGUCAUCCUCUAACUCUGGGUUAAUGGCCAGUCCGGCGCGUCCACGCUCUCUGAGUUCCAACUCCAGUGAUUCGGAUGUACCUGGUCAAAAUGCAGGAGGAAGUCCCUCACUGGAUGAACGACUACGCAAUUUUGAGGAAAACUACGAACGAUGGUCUGGUGGAAGCAGCAGAGAACAUAGUUCCGGUCAUCCGCCCUCCAGUGCCGCGCCCUCAUGGCAGCUCUCUAUGCACUUGAAUUUGGGUACCGGUCUUAAUUCUCAUCAAACGAGUUCGGGAUCCGGUAACAGCAACAGUUCUAGUGGAACCGUUUCCAGCUCCACGAGUAAUUCCCGGCACAAGUUCCUUGACAUUGAUGAACUGCAACCGUCGGACAUUGUAAAAUCCCUGCUGGCCAAAAAAAGUAUUUUUGAUGACGAUUUUCAACGGCUGAAGAAAAACCAGUGGUACGAUCCAGCAGGCUCUGAUUUUGCAUUGGGCUCGAGUUCCGCCAAUCUCGUGGUGGGAUCUUUAUUGGGACAUAGUGUAUCUCGACAUCCUGGAGGCCCAUCCAGCGGGAACACCUCACCUGCCUUGCCCAAUCUUGCGGCCACCAAGACAACUCCUAUAAUUGGAAACUGUGGUGGUGUAAUGGGCAACUCGGCGAGUAGCAAAACGGCAGGAUUGCUCCAGAGGCUAAGCAGUUUAUCACCUAUGAACUCCCCUCAAGCCUCGAUGUCGCCCUACAACAGCCCAUCACCCUCACCUUCGGUGGGAGGACCAACACCUGCCAAUCUGGGACAGCUGACAAAACCUGCAGCACCGGGAGCAUCGAGUGGAGGAGUCAGUGGAUCAUCUACAGCCGCCUCAUCCUCACCAGCUGCUAAUUCGGGACCCACCAAGGGUCUUCAGUACCCGUUUCCCAGUCACCCGCCAUUGCCAAACACCGCUGCGCCACCACCAGCGGUGCAGCCAGCACCACCACCACCUCCCGAAAUGGGAAAACAAUCAAGAUCAGCUGGGCAGGCUUCUGGAAGCAAUCUGACCAAGAGUUUAAGCGUUCCAGAUGCUCCUCAACCUUCGCCAGCGAGAGUUCACCUCCAAAAAUCUGCCUCAGUUCCAGGGAGUACCAACGUGGGCACUACCAGCAGUUCAUCCUCAGUAUCAGCAACAUCAUCUGCGUCUGCAUCUGUAUCUACUUCAUCAUCAUCGUCCAACGGUAACAGUUCCUCAACCAUAGCAGCCACACAUGUACAAAAGCCACCACAGACGAACUCCAAUGAGGACGAGCAGACGAAAAAGAGUGGUUCUAGUUCCAAGAAAAGCAGCAGCAGCCACGAGAAGUCCCACAGCAAGCACAACAAUCGGUCGGACAGCGACAAGAAAAACAAAAAGUCGGACAAAAUUUCAUCGUCCUCUUCGUCCUCCGAUAAACGAAAGAACUCGGCCACCUCUCAGUCGUCCAAGUCAGCUACUCCCCGCAUUACAGACGACUCCAGCGAGCCCGAAGAGCCGGCGGAGAAAUCCGAAAAAGACCAGCGUCACGAGCGGGAGAAAAAAGAGCGCCAGGAAAAGGAAAAGCGAGAAAAGGAUCUGCGUAAACAACAAGACCGCGAGGACAAGGAGCGCAAGGACCUGCAGGAGGAAAAGGAGAGGGACGAUCGUAAAGCCAAGGAGGAGAAAGAAAAGGAAAGGGAACGGGAGAGAAAGGUCCAAGACGAUCUGGAAAAGAGGGAACGAGAAGAAAAAGAGUUUAAAGAAAGAGAGCAUCGCGAAAAAGAACAAAAAGAAAAGGAGAUACGCGAAAAAGAUCUGCGUGAAAAGGAGCAAAAAGAGAAGGAGCUGCGAGAAAAAGAGCAAAGGGAAAAGGAGCUCCACCGCGAGAAGGAGCAUCGAGACAGAGAGCAGCGAGAAAAGGAACAAUCUCGGCGCGCCGUAGAUGCUGAGUCAGAAGCUCGUAUGGGCAGGAUGCGCGAGCUCUCCUCGUACCACAAGAGCAAAGUAGAGGCAACCUCCGAAGCUAGCAGCUUUUACUCCCAUAACAAUACCACACACUCAACGGCGUCCAGUGACUGUCUGCACAACAAGGAAAACUCCGUGGAAGCCACUGCUCCCGCUACUCCGACUGUUGCUGCUUCAACCCCUUCAGAAAAUGCCCUCAAAGAUCGCUCGCGGAAGCUAUCCAGAAAUUCACCAGUGCGCCUUCAUAAGCGCCGCCUUAGCUCACAAGAAAGCAACCACAGUACCGGUGGUGGCGGAGCAGGGUCUAGUCAUCUGAAUCACCAUGAGGAUUAUGUGAAGCGCAUACGUAUGGAAAACUCCCAGAAUACCUCAGCUCACAAUACUAACGACCGCAGGGAUUCCAAAGACCACAAGAGCAGUAGUUCCAAGGAGGAAAAAAAUAGUGGGUUACACAGUUCGAAAUCCCAUGGCAGUGGAGGAAGUUCCUCCUCAUCGUCAAAGCAUCAUCGCCGGGAUAGGCAUCACCAGAAGAGCAGUGUCAGCUCCAUAGAAACGAAUCCAUCCAUGGAGGUCGUAGUAGAGCCCUGUUCUCAAGCUAAGCAGCAAAUAAAUACAAGUGAAGAAGAGCAGCAUCCUCAACCCAAAAGAGAAAAGGAGAAGGACCACUCCAGUAGUCACCAUCAUGGUAGUAGUUCAUCUUCCAGGCAUAAAAGUAAACGGGAUCAUCAUCACCAUCGUGAAAAGAAGCGUCAUUCGGUGGCGGAAUCCACCAAUACAGAUGAAGAGCAUACACCACAGCAGCAUAAUCCUCACAGGAGAAUCUCUGCGGCGGGAAGUGGAUCCGCUGGAGAACUCAGCUCAGCAGCCACCAACGCUUCGAGUGGAAAGCCCAAUCAUCAUCAUCACAGGCGAAGUGUGGAGCGGAAAUCUUCUAGGGGAUCUGAUGAAGGCCAUCACUCUUCGUCGAAAUCACUCCGCGCCAAACUUAUGAUGUUGAGCUCCGCAGACUCUGACGACACCGAUGAUGCCUCUAAGAAGCACUCCAUCUUCGACAUCCCGGACGAUUGCCCCAAUGUCUCAAUGUACGAUAAAGUUAAAGCCAGGAGUUGUAAGAAUAUGCAACGACAGGCGGAGGAAAAAAAGAUCAAGGCCAAGUUUUCGCAGCUAAAGCAGUCUCGUGCCAAGAAAAAGCGCUCUACCAGCUAUGAUGGAGACUCUGACACUGAGUUCGAGGAUCGUCACCAUCGAAAUAGUGGCAGCAGCAGUUUCCAUGGUCGUUACCCUGGACUGUCCAGCAGCGAUGAUGAUGACGAUGAUGAGCGGCACCAACGGCGCAUUUUCUCCGAUUCGGAUGCAGAGCCAGGAGAUCAGGGACAGCAGGAUACAAUCUCAAUGCCAGAUGCAAACAGGGUCCAUCAGAUGCAGCAGAAUCUGCGGAGACUGUGCGAUGGUGACGAUAGUUCCGAAGACGAGAUUAGAAGAAAUGUUAUGAAGCACAAUCAUCUCGGAAAGAGGAACUCACACUCGACCAGGAUUACAUCCGAUUCUGAGUCACAAUCCCAGCCGGCUCCUGAUUUGGGGAUAAAACAAGAACAACCCGCAGCUCCCGCCCAGGAAAUCAAGCAAGAGCAGCUUUCCGACAGCGAACAUAAGUUUAAGUCCCGACAUGAUUCUAAUUCCUCGAUGGAGGAGCGUAAGAUGAAGUCAGAAAGGGACAUAAAAAAGGAGUAUGGAGAUUUCUACAAUUCAGCGUACGCCUACUCUGAUUCUGGAAAGGUCAAAGAUUAUUCCCCAGAAACUCGCAAAAAGCACAAGAAGAGCAAGAGGCGCCUCAAGUCCUCUUCCACAGCGGAGACAUCUGCUCCUGCGACUCCUCUGUUGGUUACUCCAUCGACGCCAUCCAUCUUUGACGUCCAUUCUUCGUCAGAGUGCAAGACCAAGUUUGGUAGUUUUGAUGAUCUCAAAACUGAGAGUGCUUUACUUCCGUUGGACAUUUCGGCCAGUGAUAGGAGGAAGCACAAGGAGAGAAAGGAAAAGAAACGGGAGAAGCUGAGGAAUAUGACAGAUACCAAUAACAGCAUCCCUGUAAACGCCACAAAUACACCCACCACCAAUGAUAUAACCUUAGAGAAGUUGUCUAAGGAAGAGCGCCAUCGCCUAAAGAAGUCAAAGAAAUCGAAAAGCCUGGACUCCUCUACAAAAGUGUUCAACUCAGGUGGAGUACAAUCUACUGUUUCGCCCAUGCCUGCUACGCCCACUUCGGCGCCUUUAACAGCUCAGCCGUCGAAGAGAGGAGAGGAUAAAAUGGAGUUCAUCUUUGGCAUUAUUUCUGAUGAGGAAGAAUGCCAGUUUCCCGAUGAGCAAGUAGAAAGCAUUAAGGACAUUACAGCAAGCUGUGUGUCUACAACUGGUCCAAUUGUGUCCGCUGCUUUGCAAACCUUCAAACAGGAACCUUCCACACCCACCACCAGCAAGAAUCAGGAAGCAAUUAGUCAAUUGCCUGUGCAGGAGGAUGAACAGCAGCAACAACAGCAGCCAGAAAGAAGUCGGCAGGCAGUUGGCAGUUGCUCAUCUUCCCAUUCGGAUAGGGAAAGACAUCGGAAGGAAAAGCGUGAGAAAAAGCGGCGCGAGAAAUCUCAACGGGAACAGCAACAUCAAGCACAGCAGCAAUCUACCAAGACAUUAACUAAAAUGGAGGAUGAUAACAGCGUGGAUAUGGAUGAAGCAGGAAGAGCUCUAGAGGCACAACUAAUGAUUGACUUUGACAGUAAGACGAUGCCAGAGGAAGCCACUCCAUCCACAGCCACCACAUACAGAUCCGAUAUGGCAGAUGUGUUCCGAUUCUCUGACAACGAAGACAACACCUCGGUGGGUACCAAACCGGAGCAGCAGGAGCAGCAUAAGAGCAAGGACAAAAAGAAGAAGAAAAAGCGAUCCAAAGAGGAAAAACAGGAAAAAUUGCUGCAACAGCAGCAUCGCAGGGAAUCCUUGCCAAGUGUGGCACUAACUUCAUCCGCGCCUCCUACUCCUGGAAAGCUGACUGUCAAUGUUCAAGCAGCCAGCAAGCAUGCCGAAGAGCAGAUGGACGCCAAGCAUGCUUCAUCGCCAUCCCUAUGCAAACCGUCUCCAAGUUUGCCAUGUCUAAUAGGCGAUGAUGAUGAAGAUCUGCUUCCCACUCCAAAGCAGAAACCCAUGACUCCCACGAGCCGUGGAAGCGAUAGCCUCACUCCUUCGCGGGAGAAACCACGCCUGAUUAGUCCCAUACCUAAAACUCCAACUAUAGCCAACAGUUCCAUGUUGUCCACUCAGUCUGCAGAAACUCCGGUGAGCAGUGGAGCUAGUGUGAAUUCCUCCUCCGCUUUGGCCACCACGCCCACAUCUUCGACAGCAGCAGGAGCCAGCGCAACAGGAGCUGCAGCAGCAGGAGGUGUGGAAACAUCGCCUACCAGCGCCUUAGCUCUAAUCAAGAAAAAGGAGAUCUUCAUACCCGGUUUUGAUGGCCAGCUAGAUGAUAGGAUAAGCGAAUCGGCCGUGCAAUCUAUCUCAGCAGAGUUUAAUUCAUCAUCUCUUCUCGAUACAUUGGCAGAUGAGCCGAAAAUUCCGGUGGCAUCGCCUCCAGGUGCGACUAAACCUUCGGAUAAGUUAGAGGAUACCAAGUCCCGCGUGACUAUCUCCCAGGAGGAGACGGAGAGUGCCGUAUCCGCUCUGUUGGGGGAAAGUUUUGGCACUUCCUCCACUGCGGACUACUCACUCGAUGGCAUGGAUGAAAUUAACUCAGUAAGUGAGAUGGAAACUCCUGGUCUAGUGGUAGCAGAACCUGAUGAAGAGGCAGCUUUGGCCGCCAAGGCCAUAGAAUCCGCUGUGGAGCCUGCAGUCAUCCUGGAGGAACCGGAAGUGGAGCCCGAGCGAGAACCAGAACCCGUCCCUGGGGUCUUGGAUCCCGAAGAAAUCAACAAGGCAGUGCACAGUUUACGGCACGAGGAUAUGAUGGAAAUCAAGGCUGAUACUCCGCAAUCGGAGAGAGAUCUGCAGAUUGAUACGGACACGGAAGACAAUCCCGACGAGGCGGAUAGCAGUGGACCCAGUCUUAAGAUCGAUGAAACUGUUCAGAGCUCCUCGUCUCCGGAGAAGACCAUCAAUAAAAGCAGCUCUUCUGUGAGAGAACUGCCAAAGGUUGACCUACCUCAGGGGGAGUCUAAACCCAAGGCUAGCAAAGAAACAGCACCUCAACUUUCGGUGAUCACCAAGUUGCCAUCUUCGGAGCCACAGAAGCCGCAACCUGCAACCCCUGUAAAGAUUGAACCACCAACAAUCAGUAAACUCCAACAGCCAUUGGUACAGCCUGUGCACACAGUGUUACCUGCCCCUCAUUCAGUUGGAAGCGGAAUAAAUCUAACCCCAGUCAUUAAUCUGGAUCUUUCCAAUGUGAUGAGCAAUUGCUCCAACUCCAGCACGGCUUCUACAACAGCUUCAGCUUCUGCAUCUCUCUCAUUUGGAAGUCCAACUUCCAGUCCGAAUAUAUUGCCACAAGCUUCGACUCCCAAGGCUCCGCAAGCACCACACCAAACACUGCGGACGCAAUCCCUGAUAAUGCAACCACCAACGAUAUCCAUACCAGAGCCGACAGCCCACUUUGUGGUGCCCCAAAUGGUGUUGUCCCCUCAUCAGCAACAGCAGUCACAUCAUCCCCAGCAACCUGGAACUUACAUGGCUGGCAUUCGGGCUCCUUCUCCACAUAGUCCGAUCCUUUCACCUGGCCGUAGUGGAGCCCAAAAUCGUCUGGUAGGUCAGUUGAGCCCUGUUGGACGAUCUGUUGUAAGUCAACCGCCAUCUCAGCAACAGGUUCAAGGUGUUAACAUGAGUCCCUUGGCAAGUCCCACAACUCGAGUGGUCAGUGCCAAUAACUCACCUACCACUAGUAAAACAAACAGCUACCAGCCCAGAAACCUGCAGCAACAACAACAGCAGGUAUCACAACAACAAUCUCCCAAAUCCGUGAUUGAGUUGCAGACUUCACCACAGUUAUUGGCAAUUCCCCUGCAGAAAAUGCCAGCGAUACCAGUGCCACAUCAUCCGACGAUCAUCAGCAAAGUGGUCACCGUACAGCCACAACAGGCCAGUCAAUCGCAGGUGGCCAGCUCACCACCUUUGGGCAGCCUGCCCCCUCACAAGAACCUUCAUGUGAAUGCCCAGCAGCAACAUCAUCAGGGACAGCAGCAGCAACAAUCGCCGCAGGUGAUGGCAAAGAUGACGACGCUCCAGCAACAUCAACACAUUCAGCAGCAAUUUAUGCAUCAGCAGAUAGUGCAGCGACAGCAACAACUGCAUGGCCAGCCGCCACAACUGUCUCCAGGUCAACAACAUCAAAUGCAAAAGCAGCAUCAAGCACAACAACAAUUAAACCAGCAACAUCAGGCUCAGCAACACCAUCAGUCACAGCAGCAACAUCAGGCUCAACAGCAACAGUUAAACCAGCAACAUCAUGCUCAACAACAGCAUCAGGCUCAAAAACAGCAUCAAGCCCAGCAACAGUUAAAUCAGCAUCAUCAGACCCAACAGCAACAUCAGGCCCAGCAGCAGCAUCAAGCUCAGCAACAGUUGAACCAACAACAUCAGGCCCAACAACAGCAAUUGCAACAAAUACAAAAGCUACAACAACAGAUCCACGCUCCCCUGCUGCAACAGUCGCCUCAGGGACCCGCCCAUAUGGGAUCUUCCCCAUCAAUGUUUCCAUCACAGCAACAUCAUGCGCAGCUUCCACAACGAGGUGUGCCUCAGCAGCACAAUCCGCAACAGUUGUCGACCAGUCCGCCCUGUAAAACAAAUGCAUUGGGACAAGUUGCCCAAGUGUCUCAGACUGCAGCAAUUUUGACAAGAGUUGGCUCCCAGGCCCAGCCACAUCCACAGCAGCAGCAACCACACCAACAACCACACCAACAACCACCACACCAUCAACAGCAACAGCUGUCUUUGCCAGGAGGCAAUCUUCCUCAUCAAACGCCACUCAAUGUGAUCCAGAAUGCCCCAAAGUUAAUUGUCCAACAGCAUAUUGUACCCCCACCAAAUCAAGUUGUGCCACCACCAUCAAGCACUGCGAAUGCCAUACACUAUCCUUCAAACCACUUCAAGGAAAAUCCUGCUCCUGGUUCCGUGGAACCAUCACCGUCUAUGACAACCCUCAAAACAUCGGAAAGUGUUUCGGUGAUUCGUACACCCACUCCCACCACCAGUUCGGCCGUAAUCUCACCAAAGUCGGGUUCCUCCCUGUUAACGGAGGAGAAUCUGAUCAAGAUCUCGCAGCCCAAGCAGGAUGAGCUUAUCGAACAGGAUUCCAAGGAAGUAGACAGUGAUUACUGGUCAGCCAAGGAGGUGAAUAUUGACAGUGUGAUUAAGAAGCUAGAUACACCGAUGGCUAGUAAGGAUGAUAAACGACCAGUGGAUAUGCAGACAGUUGCACAGGCUGCAAUUCCCAACCCGCAGUGUAUGGAUAAUUCUAUCGCCCAGGAGGCUCCCCUAUCAACUCCUUCUUCUAUAAGUAUAAACAGCUCAAACGAUCACGAUACAGAGGAUGAGACGGAGACCAGGCAAAUACCUCCAACAAAGCCGGCCACACCAACUGUGGGCAGACCACCAGGAAGAGGAGGUACCGCCAAGCGAGGACGACAACCGAGGGGAGCGAAGAAGCAAGGAGGCUUCCCGUUAAAUUCAACAAUAGCAGCCCCUGGAACGGAUUUGGGAUUAGUAUUGCAGCCAGGUGAUAAUGGAGUGCAAACCAGGCUGAGGAAACCAGUUACAGCUCCCGUGACCAGAGGCAGGAAAGGAAGACCUCCGAGGAAUUUGCUGUUGCAGCAACAACUCCAGCAGCAGCAGCUCGAUCUGCAGCGAAAGGCAAUGGAAAUGGUAACAGUAAACACGCCUGUGGUUGCACAGCCAGCAGUUCCAAUUCCUCCCAAUCCUGUGCUCACAGCUGCAGAGAAGAAGGCCAGAAAUCAAGCCUUGACUCAGGCGCAAGCCCAACAACAAGUCGCUAGUCAAGUUGGAAACAGUCAGGAUAUCUAUGAGUUUCAUGAAGACGCGGGCGAAGAGCCCAAAGGCAAGGCUAACUCAAAUGUUGCGCCACCUGCAGAUGACCAACGACCACGUCUCAUUCUCACCAUCAAUAAAGCGCAACCCUCAAUUAAGAACAACAGUGAAAUGGAACAUCCAAUGCAGCAACAACAGCUGCAGCCGGAACUUCCAGCACAAAUUGAUCCAAUAGGGGGAGACACCUCCGAGUCCAGUAACACACGAAAGUCACGCCGUCUUCAGGAGAAGGAGGAUCGGAGUACAGUAGACGAUAUCAUCGAAGACGUGGUGAGAAAUACCAACACACCAACUGGUGUAGGACAACAGUUGCCGAAAGGUGCCCAAACUCCACCACGACGUUCGGGCAGAAAUGCACAGGCCAAGAAGACGGAUGUAGUACAUACCGCCAAUGCAGUGGGGCGUCCAAGGCGAUCCAAGGACAGAAAGACCAUUGGUGAACCGCCAGCGAGCUUGAUGGAUGAGACGAUCGCGCCAAACAUAAAUGCUGCCGCUCCUACAUCGGUUCUCCUACCACCAGCUGAACUAGUUCAAGUGCAGCCGCAUAUGCCACAGUUGGAUAACAAAGAUGUUGAACCAGUUCAGGCUUCGGAAUCUACUCUUACUCCAACUUCUGUGACCGUAACUGCACCCGUUCCCGUGCCGGUUCCCGUUCCUGUGCCUGCCAUAACCGCUCCCAAGCCUACAAUGCCACAACAUCCCAAAAAGAAGGCUAUUGCGGCAGCGGAGAUCGAAUCCUAUCAGGCCAUCAACUCAUCCAUCCCCACCGGGGGAUUACCAAUGCAUCAGACAGCUGCGCCUGCUACUCAAAAGAUCACUGGCGGUGCAGCAGAUGCAGUCAGCAAGGCUCUAGUUGACCCUGUCACGGGAGUAAUCACCGCAGGAAUGCCCCAAGGCAAGGAGGGCAAUCUUCCAGCAGCUACCGCUGCUGCUCCUGCCAACAGCAGCAAUGAAGCUGGUCCACCUCCUCCUCCCUCGCAGCAGCAGCAACAGCAGCAAGCAAAUCUGCAGAUUAGUGCCACUGUGAUUGCAUCUAAUGCAGCGACUCCCAUUACAGCUUUGGGAAAAUCCGUGCAGCUUGAGUCCGCGGCAGCAGCUGCUCUACUCAACAAACCUGUGAGUGUACUGGUGAAAGGAAACCCCAGUCCACUGGUGAUUCAGCAGCAGCAACUACCACAGAUAGUGGCGCCACCAAAACAACCUAUCGUACUCCAGCAGAAUCCUCUACCCGCUGUCCUGCAACACGCGCAGCACACCAAUGUGCGGCCACCUCAACCACUCAAGGCUCACGUGCUGAACAGGGAAAAGAAUCUCCAGCAGCAAUUGACACCCACUAAGCAGCCAGUACCUCAGCUCCCGCAGCAGCAACAGCAACCACAUCCCGGCCACAUGUUGCUCACAGAUGGUAACGGAAAUCAACAACUAUUGCAACCUCAGAUCAUUGCACGUCACCUGCAGCAGCAACAACAUCUGCUGGUCAAUGUGCCUCCACCAACAGCACAUUCGCCGAGGAUUCCGGGUCAGCAGCAACAACAGUUGGGACCAGGAGCCACCGUAAAUCCUCAGCAGCAGCAACAACAACAAACUCUGGUAAUCAAGCAGGCGACUUCAGCAGCGCCACCGCAGAUAUUGCAUGUGGUGAGCUCCAAGACAUCCGUGGUGCCCCAACCGCAACAGCAGCAACCACCACCCUCUUCGUCAGCAGGAUCUCAUUUGCAGCUGGGCAAGUCCAACUUCGGCUACGCAACCAAUGUUUUGCCGCCCACUUCCUUGGCAGCCGUGCAGCAGCAACAACAGCUGUAUAAACAACCCAAUCAGCAGAAGGGUGUUCCGGUGCAGCUGCCUCCACACGGCAUGAUAUUGCCCACCCAUCCUGGAAUGCUGUUGCAGCAAAAACCACCAGUUCAUUUGCAGCCACAGCAGCAUCAAUUGACUCCUUCGCCGCCACCUGGAAAGCCAAAUCCUGUUGUGCACAGUCUGCAUGCUGCACAGAUCAUGCCGGGAAGUGUUGGCAGUCCACCGCCGGUGUCAGCCACAGUUUUAAAAUCCGCUCAGCAGCAGGGGAACUCUGCCGCAGCAGCAGUUGGGAUGCGCACAGCCAUUCCGAACAUCAGUCCGCAGGGCCAGCCGAGGAUAUCGCCAUUGGUUUUACCACCCGGAAUGCCCGGCGGUACUUUCGAUGCUAGUCUGCAUGACUUGGGCGCUUAUGUCAGUGGACGGCGAACCCAGAGUCCGCCUCCAGCUCAUCAGCAGGCAUCGCCCAUAACACCGAACGAUUCCACGUAUCGAGGCGUGACUGCUUCCAGGGAUUUCAUUCUCUACCAGCAUCAUUUAAUGCGAGGUGGCGAUUAUGACGACAAGAUUAGCAACAGUCCGCCGCUAGAGUUACGACGUCCUGGCAGUGGACCUUCAAGGAACAUCGCAGUGCCACACAGCUUGCAGAGUCCACAGGAUCGCACCGCAGCUGACUCACCGCAAAUGGCGCAGGUUUAUGUACACAAUGCCCGCAUUCCACCGGCCCAUUUCAGUGAAAUGGCUUCGCGAGGCUUCUACGAGAGUGGUGGCUUACAACUAGAACCACCGCCAGCGCAUCGACCAACUGCGGUUGUCCCACCACAAAUGCAGCCGGGAAAUAUCCUUCACCCAGUCAAGGCAAUGGAAAUUCAGCUUGACGAGAUGGACCGCAUGUCAAUGAUCGCAGCUGUUGUUAAACAACAGCAGGAUCAUCUACCACCUACUCUGCACGCUGGCAUGGAAUUGGCCGCCCAUCAAAUACCUCCAGCCAUGGCUCCACCACCUGGUGAUUCACUGGUCACUCUGCUGCAACGCUAUCCGGUGAUGUGGCAGGGUUUACUGGCCCUGAAAACUGAUCAGGCCGCCGUCCAGAUGCACUUUGUGCAUGGUAACCCAAAUGUAGCAAGAGCCUCACUUCCCAGUUUGGUGGAGACCAACACGCCGUUGCUGAGAAUUGCCCAGAGGAUGCGACUGGAACAGACUCAGCUGGAAGGUGUCGCCAAGAAGAUGCAGGUGGACAAGGAACAUUGCAUGCUUCUGGCUUUGCCAUGCGGAAGAGAUCACGCCGAUGUCCUGCAGCAUUCAAGGAACCUCCAAACCGGAUUCAUCACCUACCUGCAACAGAAAAUGGCCGCCGGCAUUGUGAACAUACCCAUUCCGGGCAGCGAGCAGGCGGCCUACGUGGUGCACAUCUUCCCAGCUUGCGAUUUUGCUAACGAGAACCUGGAACGUGCUGCUCCUGAUCUCAAGAAUCGUGUGGCCGAGUUGGCGCACCUCCUGAUUGUCAUUGCCACUGUCUAAACCACAGAACAGGCGAAUUACUGGAAAAUUCAAAACUAAUGAAAGCAACACUCAAAAAUAAUAUUACCGGUCGUUAAACUCCACAGGCAAAUACAAUCCCUAAAUGAAAACAUAAAAAAGAAACAAACAAGUUACGCUCUUCUAGAAUUUUAAGUAAUUUUAAAUAGCGAUUAAACAAGCAAAAGUUUAAAAAAGCAAAGUAAAAGAAAACAAAAAGAACUUAAAGAAAAAAUAAAUGCAGGAGAAGCAGAAGAACAUUGAGGCGGAGCUCACACCCAAACAUAAAGAGAUCCGCAAGAGACUCAAACAAAGCGAAAUAAAUCCCUUCAGACCCCAACACUUCAAAAGCAGAAGCGAAACGAUGAAAAAUUGUCUAAAUGAAUUAUUUAACUCUCCCUAAUUUAAAACCUUUAACAAAAAGCUUGAAAAGUAUCGUUAAGUUUGAUCUCAAAAAAGAAAUUUUUAUUUUUGCUUAAUUUAAAAUGAAAGAAACACGAAAACAUAAAAAUCUACACAUACACAUAGAAAGAAAUUUAAAAAGCUUAAAACAUAAUAACUGUUUACUGUACUAUGCAUACUAAUACCCAUACAUAAUAUUGAUAUCUGAUCCUAUCCGUAACACGAUUAAGUUUUGAUUUGUUUUUAACUUCCGACUAGUUCGGUGGGAAAGUCACUGCUCUGCGUUAUACAAAGUUUUCGCUUCCGAACAACCACCGUUUAAUUUUCAUACGAUCGGUUCCUUGGCUCUAUGGAAUGCCUGUCUAUAAAACUAAAAACGGGGCUUGACAUAGACCCAAAGAACUUCAAAUGAGUCUGGACUGUCGCCCAUGCUGUCAAGCACAAUUAGGUUUAGUGAUACGCCCAGAGGCUUUUCCUACGAUAACAUACACACGUAUACAUUACACAUUACAUUAUCUAGACGCGUAUUUAAUUAUAACCUAUAUGUUAAGCCAAAUACUUUAAAGCUUAGACACGUUUUGCUUCGUUUCGUGUUGUUACUUCCGCUCUGCACCAGAGUUACAUAUAUCCUCUCAAAAAUACCUGCAACGAUACAGUUUCCGACUUAACGCUGUUGUUCUUUUCGUUUGUUGUCUCCCAUCUUCUGUUUCUAUUUUUUUUUUAUUACAACCACUGCCACAAAACUAAAGCCGAAAAUCACUGGUCUAAAUCUUAAUAAAGGCGUUCCGAUCUCCACCCACUUGUUAGUUUUUGUGCGCGAAACUUUGUACAAUGUUGGGUAGUUUCAGGGCCCCCUUUACACCAUUAUGCUGACACCCCACAAGAAACAUAAACAUACCCCUUACAAUAUGAUACAAUAACCUAUAUAUGUAGUUCCCUCUUUGUACACUCCUUAAACUUAAACAUAAGUUUUCACACCCACUUGUAAAUUAUGUGACCGCAAGAAUAAUACAAAAAAAAGAUUAAACAUGAGUAAAAGAAAAGGAAUGAAAACUGUAAAAUAUUUAAAUUAUUUAGACUCUAACAAAUAUGAAAUGUAAAUACAGUUUAAUUAGUGUUUAGCGCGUAUUUAGUUGUAUGUUUUAAAACUAAACUAAAGAGAAACUGUACAUUAUAUAACACAAUUAACGAUACGAGAACACAAAAGAUCAGAUCUGCAAAAGGUCACCCAGAAGCAGAAACUGAUACAGAAAAAAAGUAAGAAUAGAAGAAAGCAAGUAAAAAGAACACACAUUUUCAAGUUAAAACAGAUGAAGCGCUGUUGAACAUAUGUUUGUGUAUAAGUUGUAAGUUUUAAGAGUCUUUUUAGUUAUUUCCUAAGUUACUUUGAAGAAACCGAUUAAACUACGAUUAUUUCUUACACUUGGUUUCGUUUUAAUUUCCGCCACUCCCAGACUAUGGAUUUCUUGUCCCGCAAAACCAAAUCGAACCCCAUAGCGAAAUGCAACUUAUACAUACAUAUAUACAUUAUAUAUAGAUGUUAAUGUUAUAAAUGUAAUUAAAUAAAUUCUAUACCUAUGCA